AUGGAAAUGAACAAGAGCACCAACCUUUUUAAAAUCAAGUCUAACAAAGCAAAGCGGUUCGCUCAGUUAAAUGCUGACCUAAGUUUCAUGGUCAAGAGUAGCUCAAAGGUCAAGACCAGGAAUCUUAAGGCUUCUUUUCCAGAGAAGAGACAGAAGACUCAAGGGAAGAAUAAAAUACAAUCGAUUACAGAAAUUAUCACUCCUUCUGAUAGUGUCAAUUACAUCAGUUAUGAUGGAAAUCAUAAUAUAAAUAAAGUGAAUUUUCCUCCAUACAAGAAUCGAAACAUCAGCAAUUCAAGUUCUAAGGAAACUGUCAGAUCAAGCUUGAUCACGAAGCCCUACCAAACCGGAUGUAUAUCAGAGAGCAAGAAGAGGAACUUAAUUGGCUACAUACAUAAAAUAAGGAGUAAUAAAUAAACUUAAUAAGCAUUCAUCAAAUCUCAAGAAUAUCUUGUCAGCGAAGAAAUAGCUUUUCACAGCAAAUGAAAAUGUAUCAGAACAGAGAAUCAAAGAGUAAGACAAAGGAUUUGUCCCAGUCAAUAUCAGUAAGCAGGAUGAAUUCGAAGAAAGUCGUGCCAGAAAAUUGCUAUAAACGGAGACAGCGGAGAGAAAAGAUUGAGCUCAGAGAUGCUUUUACUCAAUCAGAUGAGACUUUAAUUCAGAAGAUCUUUGAUGAAAAGGCUAUAUUUAAUAAGCUGGAUAUUAAUUUGCCCACUAAGGAAGAACCGUCACAAAUUAAGGUUAAAUUUGAACUCUUCGAAAGCAUUGAAAAAUAAGAAUAUAAACAGAAGUCUAGAAAAUGGAAGAAGAAUAGGCAGAAUGAGAAGAGCUAAACCAAGUCAUAAAGCACAGAAUUUGAUUAAUUUUAUAUCAGAUGUAAACAAAUCACAAGAGCAAAAAACCAAGAAUAGCAUUAAUGGGUUUGAUUGCACUUUCAGAGUUAAUAAGCUACCAAUAAAUAAGAAAUUUAACUUGAAUCUUAAACAGGCCAUUUAUAAUCGAUCAAAUGACAAAUCUAUUAAAUCACCUCCUUCGGUCUUCAAGAACACCCGAAAUAUCUCUAAAUGGCUAUAAAACCCAACAGACUCCCAAAUAUUCAAUUUUCU